GAGGAUCCUACUGAAACUCCGGUGAAUCUAGCCUCUUAAGUUGAAAAAGUUGACGUGGAGUUCGGAGGAAACGCCUCAGAUUCAUAAAGAUAACAAUACUAACACAAGGCAACAGUAAUCACCUCAAUCAGCAAUGGGAAGGAAGAAGAUUUCAAUCCAAAGGAUUAAUGAUGAAAGGAACAGACAGGUGACUUUCACAAAGAGAAAAUUUGGUCUGAUGAAAAAGGCAUAUGAGCUUAGUGUUCUGUGUGACUGUGAGAUAGCUCUUAUCAUAUUUACAUCCAACAACAAGCUGUACCAAUAUGCCAGCUCAGACAUGGACAAAGUCUUGCUUAAGUACACAGAGUACAAUGACACUGUCGUCAGCCAGACCAACAAAGACAUUGUUGAGAUGCUGAACAAAAAAGAUACAAAAGGGGAUGGAGAUGAUGGAGAUGAUGAUGAUUUCAAUUUGACACCACGCACAGAGGAGUCCUAUAAACGUAUAGACCAGGAGUAUGCCCGUGUGAUGCAGCAGGGUACACCUACACAUAUGAACCCGGUUCCUCAGAUGUCUGUAUCUGUGCCAGUCCGACCAACAGGAGGUGUAUCUAACGUGUUCACCCCGCAGAGUAUACCAGUGCCUAACCAGCAACCCACCACAGGGACUGUGGUACUUCUACAACCCCCUGCAGCCCACAACGUCUCACCUAGUCCCCCAGCUAUUAAGAUGAGUGGAGCGACUGCCACUGUGAGUCGAGUGUCCCCGGCCCCCACAACCAGCACUGUCAUGACACAGCCUAGUAAGGAUGACGGCAAAGGCAGACCUUCCCUUCGUGUACUGAUACCAACCAAACCAGGAGAUGUCGCAACUAAGAAUCCUUUGACCACCUUAGACACACCUGUCGUGAGUAAUGCCACACCUGGAGGAAAUCAAGCCCAGUCAUUACCGUCCUUCUGUCUGCCCUCUGCCAUGUUACCCAGUGACUUACAGAUAGAUAGUGCAGACCUGGCCAAAUUGUUAGGAGGCAUGGGUGGAUCAGCUGGACCUCUCACUGCGGCUGUGCAGGCGUCUGGAAUAUCAUUUACACCAAGUAGUUUGGGGCCUUCAUCAAUGACAGGAAUACACAACCUGCUGAUCCCUGCCUCACAAGCACAGGCUCUGCGGAUCAGCCUUGCAGGACACAACGUCAAGUCUGAACCGCCAACCUCUCCAAACGAGGACCAGGAUCGCAACAAACCUCCAUCAGCACACAUGACGAGAGAAAACUCUGAUGAGCCACCAGAAAAAAUGUCAAGAAUGUCAAAUGAUCGAUGACCCCCUCCAUUUUAGAUUCAUUCAAUUUCUGUAAAUAGUCACACAUCAUAUUUCAAUGUAAAUAGCUCAUUACCACAUCAGUUAUUUGAUGUGUAGAUGUCCUUGUGUAUUUUAAAUACAGACAUUUGAACAUGCAAAUCCAUAUGUUAACUCAUUAUGAUAAACCAUUUUUUACUUUGUUUCUUUAAUGAUUUAAAUACUGUAUAACAGGUUUUUUGCCUAGGUCUAAUUUUGCUAUUUACCAUAAGAUUACAUGACAAAUAUCAGAUUGGCCAAUGAUUAUUGGGAAAGAGUUCAUGUAUAUGUUUUUGUUCCUACACUGAAAUGGCUUAAUGAUACUAUAAAAAGAAAUAGUUCGUUGAACUAAAUUUUCUCAUUGUAAGUUAAUUUGACCAUUUUCCUAGAUCUACUUUUCAUGCCAUCGACAUGAAGGAAUAUGAAGUAUUACAAAACAGGUUAUAUGGUUCGACAUUGUAUGGCAAUUUCCUUCCUGCACAGGUUUGUAAAAAUCAUAUUUUUUUAAAGUUUUUCUUAUUGUAAAAUGGUAAGCUUUCGAUGUAAUUCACUUGGAUUCAGUACAUGGGUGGAGCAAAAAAUCUGUUGAUACAGUGAACAUAUGAAUUUCUACAUUAGAUUCAACUUGCAGUGGAACUAUUUUUUAUGGUUGAAAUACAACCUCAAAGAAAUAGAACCAUACGAAAAUAACUUUUGCAGUAUUCUUGUUGCAAUACCAAAUGACGAAAUUUGGACAUGGGAGAUAAUCCUGUUAUUCAUAUGUAACAUCUUUUUGUAUAGUUUUGUUGAUCAACACAUAUCAUUUUAAGGCUGCAUGCCCAAAUGAUAAAAAUAUUUUCAACAGUAAUUUCUCAUUUUUGAAUAAGCAAAACAAAAGGGCUGAAUCAGUGUUCAUAUUCAUAACAAUUUUAAAAGUAGUUUUCUGCACAGCACUAGAAAGACUAAUUCAGAUAAGGAAGUUAAAUGGUUUGAAAUGAUGAUCAAACAUACAUCACAAAGAUAAAAAAAAUGUUUGUAAAUAGUUAGUUGUAGUGAUUUUUUUUCAGACAUAUUGUACAGAAUUUUUGUUCUGUACAUAUAUUGCAUAUCAGUUCUAUAUCAUCUUUGUUUGUAGAUAGGACAGGAGUAGUGCUAUUUCUCCAGAACAUAGAGGCCAUGGCAGUGGACUCAGCGAGAUUAUUUCAAAAACCGAUAGGUUUCAAUAGUUACAAGAAGAAUCAAUUUGUUGCAUAUGCUUACAUUUUAAUAGUAAGAUAUUUUGUUUGUGAUCAGUUACAAUGUAAAAACAAAUUCUGGGAGAUACCGCAAUAAUGAUUUUUUCAGAAAUUUGUAAAUGGAACAAGUACUUAAAUGUGUACAAGUAUCAAAGUAUAAGAUCAAGAUAUGUCCUGAUGGAUGUGCCUCACUAUUAAAGAUAGUUUUAUGUAUUUUUAAGCUGUUUUUGUAUUUUAUUUUUUCUUUAAUGAUAAAGUUUAAAUGUUAAGACAUAAUAUGUAUUUGCAAUAAAAUACCUUGUGACUUUGAUAGCUUUUGAUUAUUAACUUUGCAUCAUAUUUGUAACACAUAUUUCUUAAUCAUACUAGCUAACAAAAAUAGGUUCUCAAAUACCAAAUGUGCCAUUUUAAAUCCUCUUAUACUUCAAUGCAUCAACAAAAUACAUGUAACAUUCAAAUUAGAAUAGAGAUGCUUUGUAGUUAUUGACUUCCUCUAUACUGAUCAAAUAUCUCUCGCUAUAUAUACUACCAAACCUUGUAUAUUGCACUUCACAAUGUUUAAAAAUUAUUAAUCUAGAUAAUGGCAACUCAGUCCGUGUGACAUUUCCAUGUAAGCUCUAACUUAGCUACUGGAGCUAUAUUUGGACCUUUCUUGUAUAUAAUCUCUGAUACACAAUAGAUAUCUGUGUAUAAAAUAUGUUGAGCUGUAUCAUUUUCUGAUGUUAACUGUUGUAAUAUAAAAUCACAAAUUUUGUUCAUCUGUAUCAAAAUUAAUCAAAACUAAUUUUGCUCACCUGGCCAUUACUGUAAGGAUGUUGCUGAAUCCUUAAUUGAUAGAAAUGUACAUAAGAGUGCUUUUGCGUAAGUAGUUGAAAUGGUUGGACAACAAUGCUAGGUUUAGUGUAUAGUGGAAUAAUUCCAUACCACCUUAACCAUUUCAACUGGGUGGAGCAGAUGCAGCCUAAAUCCUAGUAGUUGGGCCAAGAACAGAUUACCCAAGACAAUUUUCUUGGUUACUGCUGUUAAUGAAUACAACAUAGAUUUGUACUUCAGUUCAUCAUAUUGUACUUUAUGAUUUCUGUCUGUUAUCUUAUUUUCAUUUGUUUAAUUUUGGAAUCUGUUAUUUUAAAAAAAUCCUACAUGUUUAUAUUGCAAAAUAUUAAAAAAAAUAUUCCCAAUUCUUGAAUACAAAUACUUCACCCUUCAAAACACUGAACAGGCACUUUCAGCCUUAGAGAGAUGAUUUAUCAUGUUUAAUCUCUUUAAUUUCAAUAUAGUGCUUAUUAAAAUAAAUAUUUUCUAUAGUAAACAAAUUAUUGAUGUCCAAUAUUACAAAAGAUAUUAUAUGAAAAAUAUUGAAAUCCAGAAAAAUUAAAAAACUGUGCUUUUAAUGGAUAUUUGUUCACUGUAAAUUAAGAAAAGUUUUUGUGUUAAUUAGUUCAGACUUCAAAAAUCUUUUAAUAACUAGGGUAUGAGAACAGAUAUUAGACUAAUUCAUGGUUUUUAGAGAUCUAAGUACCUGGUUUUUCGGAUGUACAUGUUCCACUUUGAGUAAGAGGUUGUAAGGUACAUGAGCUGUAAUCAAGCUUCGUUGUAAUUCAAAGCAUUGCUGAAAAAAAUAUUGUCCCAUUUACAGGUGUUUUCAUCUGUUACAUGUAUGUGUUGACAAUCUUCAAGGUCACUUUGACUUUUCAUUUUUAAAUGUACAUAACAUACAAAGUUGUUUUUAUUUUUAGUGAUGAUAAAAUUUGUAAUGAUAUUCUCAUAUAAUAAAAUCUUCAGUUAUAUUCUAAACAACCUGAAUUCUAAAUCACAAGUCUCCUUCCACUAUGUUUUUGAGAAAGGCAUUUAGAUUGCAGGAUUCAGUAUCAUCCAGUAAUGUAACACAUUAAAAAGUUUUCAAGACUUCCCUUUAAAAAAGACGCAUGGAAAUUUGUUUGUUUUUUUUUUUUUUUAUUCAUUUCCCGAAUAUUUGAAAAAUAAAAAACAAAGCAAUGAAAUUUAAGGGGAAAUGAGCAGCAGGCAAAGCCUAUACAAGCCCUUUCUCUAGUUUAUUGACAGUUCUCUGAUUGAAAUAAUAAUGUAUUAAGUCCUAUUUUGACAUAUGCUGACUGUACUAUUGUCCCAAGAUUCUGUGUGAGGUAACAAGCAAGUAGGAUUAUCAGUCUGUUUUUUCAGGAUAUACCUGUUUACAGAGUGCCUUGAUAUGCCAUUCUGAAUGUUUUUGUAAUCCAGAAAGACUCUUAAUUUUGGAAUGCAAUCAGAGAAUAGAGUCGUACAGAAACCACCUUUUUAUUAUAGAUCCAUAUCGACCCUCUUAACCUUACGUAUUUAGUCUACCUUACCUAACCCGAGUGUUAACUUGUAUAAUUGUGACAAUUUAACAUUGGAAACUUAUCGGCUAAAACUGUCACCCUUGUUUCACAUUGAACAUUGUUGUUAUCUCGAGGACAUGUUUAAAUGUUUAACAUCAAUAAUUAUUAGAUCAACUAGUGGUCAGAAUUUUUUUUUGGAGUUCACAAAUGACUUCAGGGAUUCUGAUACAAGUAUGGACAAAUCAAGCGUUUAUAUGUAUUUUAAAUUGAAUAGAAAGAUAAUCAUGUGGCAACCUAAAUGUUGUUUCAAAAGGAAAUAAUUGAUAUCAGAUUGUAACAUAGUGUAGGAUUGAUAUUACCAAUAUACAUUUAAUUCUGUGUUAACAUCUUGCAAAUUUGGAGAUAACCAAAGAUUCAAAUGGCUGAUUAUGAUAUUUGACCACUGAAAAUUGUCUGCAUGAAAUUGUCAUGAAUUCCCAUUGAUCUCUCAUAAAAUUAAGAUAUUAUUGUUAGUUGUUUGUGGUUGUAUGGAUGUAUAAUCUCAUUUUGUUAAGACAUACUCUUUUUAUCAGAUCAUCAGAUUGGGGCCACAGAAGGUAUACUUGAUGAGUUGUUGAUGUUUAUCAAUUGUACAUAAUGAUUAUGUACAAUGUAUUAUAACCUUGAUGGGCCUCGAUACUGGAUUUACAUCAAGACUAUCAAUCACAUUAGACAGAUUUUAAUAUGUUAUGUGAUUACUAACAAGUAUUCUUAUAGUUGUACCUUCCUGUGUAAAUUUUGGUGAGGUUAUUUCACCAGAUUUUUCCUGUUAGAUACCAUGUAAGUGAUCCGACAGACAGCUGUUGGUGUCAGUAGUUGUUUAGCCAUGUUUUGUACAUUGAUACCUUCCCUGCCUGAUGGUAUCAGCAACUGUUUGAAUCAUCCCAUUAAUUUUGAACUCAUACUUGAGUAAUAUAUUACACUAUUAAAUUGGUAUUUUCUUCAUGACACUGUUUUCCAGAAAAUAAAUGAGGUAAAUCCAUUGUAAA